CGUUCCUUCAGCCUCGACCCGGAUGGAACAAUGUCAGACUUGCAACCCUUGCUUCUGAGCUUGUUAGCAUCUGAAAAACAAAAAAAGAUAUAAGCACAGCGACCAUGACGUACCCCACUCAACACCCAGGGCAACCACCAGCGAAGCUUCCCCGCACGGGUCUCGCCCCUCUCCUCACCACGCUAAACACUCCCGGUGAAAUCGAACUCCCUGACGGCUCCAUCGUCCCCGUCAACCCGCCCCACCAGCCAAGUUGGCGCGUCACCUUCCACACCCCGGCCUCCCUCCGCACCCCGAUCACCGAGCUUGCCGUUGGUGAGGCCUACAUCAAAGGCACCAUUAGCAUAAGCGGCGACCUAGCGACGCUCCUCGCAUCCCGUCCUGAUUUUGAGGAUAAAGUCCCCCUGCGCCAACGUCUCCGCUUCCUCUGGGACUACUAUUUCCGUGCCGGCACCCAUAUGAAUGCUCAAUCAAUCGACGAGCACUACGGCCGCGGCGACGACUUGUUCCUCACAUUCAUCGACACGCGGUACCGGUUCUACACGCACGGGAUAUUCGAUCAACAGGACACAGACGGACAGAGGAUAAGCAUAGAGGAUGCGGCUGAGCGCAAACUCGCGCGGAUGUUUGCCGCGUUGCGAUUGGAGGCCGGAAUGCGCGUGCUGGAUAUCGGUGGGGGCUGGGGCGGGGUCACGGAAUACUGUGGCGCCAGAGGGGUGCAUGUUACCACGUUGACAUUGCUCGAAUAUCAGGCACGGUAUGUUGAGAAGAUGCGGCAAAGGUUGCAGUUGCCGGGGCACGUGCUGGUCGGGGACUUUUGGGUGUGGGAGUCUGAAAGGGAGUUCGAUGCGGUCGUGAUCUUAGGGGUCAUCGAGCAUUUGCCCGAUUAUCGGCGGUUUGCAAGCAGGGCCUGGAAUCUACUGAAGGUGGGAGGGAGGAUGUAUUUAGAUGGCUCGGCAGCGGUGGAGAAGUACGCUGUCAGUUCAUUCACGAGGCGGUAUGUUUGGGGUGGCACUCAUACGUAUAUGGCAGUGCAGGAUGUGGUGGGAGAGUUGUUGAUGCAUGGGUUUGCGGUCGAUGAGGUGGUACAGGAGACGAAAGACUAUGAGUGGACAAUGGAAGAAUGGGCGAGGAGAUUGGAUCAGGCCAAAGAUAAGAUUGUAGCAGGCUGGGGCGAGGAGACCUAUCGUGUCUUUAGGCUGUUCCUGUGGGGCGGAGCGCAUGCAUUCUCUGUCAAUGCUUUGCAGGCGUACCAUGUGGUAGCCGAGAAAACAGCAUCCAGAGGGCCGAGACCAUCGACUGGCAGGAGACUGGUGCAGUUCUUUGGGAAGCUGAGGUGAUUGCUACAUGGAAGGUUUAUGUCAUGGUCGCCAUGCAGAUAGUUGAUCAAAAGAAGUACUUACCUUGCGCCUUGAUCAACUAAGACUUGUUGUUCUGCUGGAGACAGCUUGACCACAUCAUCAUG